AUGUCGAGAGGCUGCCGCCUCGCCGACAUCGUGGAGCCCACUCUGCUGGUCAACUUUGACGGCCUUGUCGAUAUCACGCGCGCGUUCCUUCGGAUCAUGGGCGGCCCCGACUCGCAAAUCAUCAACCUCUCCUCCGGCGCCGGCCUGCGGGCGGCUCGCGCGCUGAGCGCUAUUGACCGGGCUGCCCUCGACGGCGCCAGUGAUGUCGCCUCGUUGCGCUCCACAUUGGCAAAACUCUGCGUACGGGCCGCCGCACAUCCGCACGGUGCCGGUGAGACGCCCAUAUACGCUCUGAGCAAGGCGGGCGUCAACUCCUACACCCGGCUGCUGGCUCGGAGGGUUCGCGUGCGGGUGAAUGCUUGCUCGCCGGGCUUCUGUCGCACAGAGAUCGCCGGGACCGCUGCCGAUUACAGCACGCGCGAGCCCAAGACGCCAGCGCUUGGCGCCACGGUCGCGGUGAGGCUGCUGUUUGGCGAGAUUGGUGGUGGCGCCGCGACCGGAACCUUCUUCAAGGAGAGCUCCAAGCCCGGCACGCCCGUGGCAGAGGCCCAAAGCUCUGUCGAGCCCUGGGAGGACUGA